AUGGAGCAGCUCAUUCAAGAACUUGUGGACUCCAGAUCUCUAUCCAACCCUAAAUCUUCUCAACGGAUAGAUGAAAUCCAGAAAGAAAUUCAACGACUUCAACGAGAACCAUCAGGAUGGCAUCUGGGCCUUGAGCUCUUGAAGAGUAAUAAUAGUCAAUUUCGUUUCUACGGCGCUCUGACCUUGACUGUCAAGAUUCGUACGGACUGGACCUCUCUCGAGACCGAGAAAGGCUUGCAAGAUCGGGUCCUCACAGAGCUCAUUACAAACUAUGUCAUCUACUCCAACCAGCUCGAACAACGGUUUGUGCUACGGAAAGUGUGCUCGACAUUAGCAGCAUCCUACCUUUAUCCAAACUCAUGCUGGCAGUUUCCUGUGAGGCAUGUCUUAAUGUCCCUUUGUGCUGGCCAAAUCGUUCCACCUGAGCAUAUAGGUGACUUCCAGCAAGUUUGGACUCAGAUUCAGUAUAUCAGUGCACCGCAGCUGCGUAGUUUGCUUUGGCUAGGUUCUGCAUUGGUCGAAGAAUUGACAAGACAAGAUUUGAAAGCGACUGAACGCGUUGAACUGGUCGAGAGGGUGGUGAAAAAUGCUCCUGAUGUGUGGUACCUCGUCUACCUCACACUUCAAUGCCUUCACAUGCGCAACGGCCAAUCGGAUGCUGAGGCUCUUGUCGCGCCCAACUAUCUUUCUGCCAUUCCAGAACUUGAGGUGCUUGAGCUCUGUAAAGAGGCUCUAGAGACUGCAUCGCUUUGGAUGUCCUUCUACUCAUCAACUCGUACCACCAACGAUUCCAUUAGUGAUGUCAUUGAUGCUGCCAUGGUAUUGGCUAUGCGCUGCUUUCUUAUCCCUGAACUAGCUGACAGCGCAAUUACGAGCCUGGAAGGUAUUCUUCUGUAUGCACCCGAUUACCUGAAGAAUGCUGGACAAAGCACCCUUCACACACUACUAACCUCUGAACAAGCAGAAGUGUAUUGUGCACAAUUAUUGCAAGGCAGCUUCGAGGCAGAAGCAAUACGCUUUGUGGCCUUCAUUUCAAAUAUUUUCGAUCUCCAUAACCUCUGUCUGCCCGAAUCUUUCCAGCACCCAACUGUCAGAAUCGUGUUAGCGCUCCUGCAAAAUCUGCUAUAUACACCAGGAACUGCAGUGGUUGUUGACCAAGUCUGUCACACGGUUCUUGAUGCAUUUAACCACAUCGUCGACUGUUGGAGUGACUGGGUCGGCUCGAAUGCAGCAGAUCGGUCUUUAAAACCCCUCGUCUGUGAAGCCUGUAUGCAGUAUGCUGUCAAGAUCCGAUACCCACCACUGGAUACAGAAGACGCGAGCCACUUGUGGGAUAGUGACGAACGAACGCGAUUCCAAGAUUUUAGGCAGGACGUUGAAGAUCUUCUGCUUGCCUCCUAUGCUUGUGUGGGGCCUGAUCUGGUCCAGAAUCUUGCAGCCCCCUUGCAAUCUUCAGACGUCUCGUCAGGCUGGGAAGAUUACGAGGCUCGCCUUUUUUGCCUCGGCGCGCUUUCCGACGCCAUUCAACACAAUCCAGAUAAGCUUGAACGCAAUAUUCAGGACGUCCUCACUUCGCAAAAAUGGAAUGUUCUCCUGAACAAUGCCAGCACCAUACCGGACUUGGCAAGGAAAGGAGCGAUCCAAUUCAUUUCGCGAAACACCUUCAUUCUACAGCGCGCCAAGGAGCACUUGCUGCCUUGCAUCAAUUUUCUCUUUGCAUCACUCCGCCUUCCAGGAUCAAUUACAUCUGCUUCUCGUGCUAUCUUCACACUUUGUCACCAACAAAGAAUCCUGCUUGUUGAGGCUUUGCCACAAUUCAUCAAUUCCCUCGCAGGCCUGGCAGAUGUUCCUUCUGAAGACAGGCAUCGACUUUUUGGUGCUGUGGCUGCAAUAGUGCAGGCGACGCCUACAGAGAACGAGAAAGUCGUAUCACUGGUUAGGGUAUUCGGUCUGAUUUCUCAGUAUUCAAAAGCAACGUUUGAUGACUCCAACGAGGAAGCUCUUGUUUCCGCAAUUGAUCUUCUUCAGACCUUGGCAGCUGUUGGGAAGGGUCUUCGGGCUCCACCAGAUGAAUCGAUCAAUCUCGAUGCACAGCCAAGUAUUGAGGAGCAACGUUUUUGGAUUGAGGGAGACGGAAAGCAGGUCCAGCAUGACAUUAAAAACGUGAUCGACCAGCUUCUAGGCAAUUUUCCAGAUGAGCCUCGACUUAUUGAAGCAACCUGUGACAUUCUUAAGUCUGGGUACACAGAGCCGCAUCCGAGUCCCUUCAAGUUUGAUGCACGUUAUAGUGCUACUUUCCUGGCUCAUCACAUUGACCUUGAUGCGUCCUACAAUACUCUUAUCAUAGACACAGCGUCCUCUUUUCUCGCUUCGCACAUUUCACAUCCCGAGUCCAUUCGUCAAGAAUUCUUGCAUGUCUCCUCAGCUAUCACCGAGUGCCAGCAGGCUAUCCUUGAUCGUUAUGCAGAGACCAAGAUAUACGAAGACCACGACUUUACAUAUUCAUCACUAGACUACUUCAGUCGUAUGCUACCGAGAUAUGGGUAUUACUUUAGCGAGAAGUACUUAUCAGAGGCCUGGCGAACGCUAUUCGAGUUCGCAUUGCUUGCUCUAGAGAACCCUGACACGAUUCCACGUCGCUCCUCGGCGCAUUUUUGGGCCGCCACUUUUGAUCAUUCUCCCUCACUUGACCACGACGCUUCCGUUAACCUUGGAGAGUGCAUCCAGUACUAUGGACCGCGCUUCAUUGCUACUUGGCUUCGCCUUGUUGGAGGUGAUGCUGCUCGAUCGGAGCUGGAUAUUCUCUGUGAGCCAAUGAAGAAGCUUGUGGCGAAGCAGGGUCUCUUAGGAACCGGGCUUUUGCGAGAGGCUGUACCAAGAGACAGUGGGGGGCAUGAAAGGGUCAAGAGGUUUGUGGAACAAGUGCUGGGGUUGAGAGGGCGUAGAAAAACAGUGGAGGUAGUGAAGGAAUUCUGGGUGACAAGCCGAGGGGCGGCGUUUGCUUACGCUGCAUGA